AGAACGCCCCCCGCGGCAGCCAUGCAGGAGUCCCCCGGAUCUCUGGGCAUGGACGGCGGCUACGCCAGCAACGUCCCCGCCUUCCUCACCAAGCUCUGGACGCUGGUGGAGGACCCCGAGACCAACCACCUCAUCUGCUGGAGCACGACUGGCACCAGCUUCCAUGUGUUUGACCAGGGCAGAUUUGCCAAGGAGGUCUUGCCCAAAUACUUCAAACACAACAACAUGGCCAGCUUUGUACGGCAACUUAACAUGUAUGGCUUCAGGAAGGUGGUGAACAUUGAGCAGAGUGGUCUGGUGAAGCCAGAGAGAGAUGACACAGAGUUCCAGCACCUCUACUUCCUGCAGGGCCACGAGCACCUGCUGGAGCACAUCAAGAGGAAGGUGUCCAUAGUGAAGAGUGAGGAGACCAAGGUUCGGCAGGAGGACCUGAGCAAGCUGCUGUACGAGGUCCAGGUGCUGCGCAGCCAGCAGGAGAACAUGGAGUGCCAGAUACAAGACAUGAAGCAUCAGAAUGGCGUCCUCUGGAGAGAGGUUGUGUCUCUCAGGCAGAACCACACACAGCAGCAGAAAGUCAUGAACAAGCUGAUUCAGUUUCUGUUCAGCCAGAUUCAGUCGAACACACCCAGUACUGUGGGAAUGAAGCGGAAACUGCCCCUGAUGCUGGACGGCGGCUCCACCACUCCCCCUGCCUCCAAGUUCAGCCACGGCCUGCCCAUGGAGCCCCUGCACGAGCCCUACUACAUCCAGUCGCCGUCCACUGAUACUGCCUCCUGUUCCAAUAGCAACGCACUGCCUGGAGGACCAAUCAUAUCGGAUGUUACUGAAAUGUCACAACCUUCCUUGGGUCUGCCUGUGCAGACGGAGGAGCCGAGAGAGAAGUGUCUGAUGCUGAUUAAGGAGGAGCCCGUUAGCCCGGGGGUCCGUGGCCGGGGGGAGGGCGUCCCCAUGGGCUCCUGUGAGGUGUGCGCUGAACCCCCCAUCCUGCCUGUUGCCAUGGUGCAGUCCGUCCUGGAGGGCCGCAGCUCUGGGGGUGGGGACAGAAGGGGCAAGAGAGCCAUGCUGGAGAGGCCAGAGGCUCCUGACAGUGUGGAGAACGUGGACAUGAGCCUGGAGGAUCUGCAGCUGCUCCUGAGGACCCACCAGCAGGCCAUGGAGCCCGCAGCCAGCAUGGACCCCUUCAACCCUAACCUGCCAUUGAGUGAGUGGAACUUCACAGACAUGGAGGCCAACCUGAAGUCGUACAUGUUUCAGCACCAGGAUUCAGAGGCCUACAGUGGCACUGGGUGUGAGGAACAAUGAGGCACUGAAGGAACUGCUGGAACAAACUUCACCUGCACUGAGUCCAGGACUGGAAAAAACACUGCAAGUAACCCUGGCUUUGUGGAGGAUCGCCUGAAAGCCCACAAUCACA